AUGACCACCUACACAUAUUUUUUCUCUUUUUCUUUUUUUUUCCAUUUUCAAGAUGAGAAGAAAACAAAUCGAAUUCGUGAAAGACUACAAAGUUCAAAUCAAUCACAUGGCGUCCUCCGUCUUGCCUCCGACCCCAAUUCUUCUUUCCAGUGUCAUCAGAUGAAGCGGCUUCGUUCAAAGUACCAGGCGGACUUUGGCUUGCGGAAAAUUGAAGAAGAAGGUGAUAAGAUAUCACAUCUGAAGAGAUGA